AUGUAUCUAAAAUUGUUUAUAACGGUGCUAUUAUUUUUAUUGACUUCCGCUGUUGAUCCAUUUGAAAAAUUUGCUGAAUCAAGCACACGUCAUACAAAUAAUUGGGCUAUUCUUGUUGACACAUCUCGUUUCUGGUUCAACUAUCGGCAUGUUGCUAAUGUACUUUCCAUUUAUCGAAGUGUUAAACGAUUGGGUAUUCCGGAUUCAAAUAUAAUUCUCAUGUUAGCUGAUGAUAUGGCAUGUAAUCCUCGUAAUCCGCGUCCAGCUGAAAUCUUUAAUAAUGUUGCUGAACAAAUCAAUGUUUAUGGUGACGAUGUUGAAGUUGAUUAUCGUGGUUAUGAUGUCACUGUUGAAAAUUUUGUACGUAUAUUAACAAAUCGUUUACCAGACGUGACACCUGUAUCGAAGCGUCUUCUCUCCGAUGAAAGUUCAAAUAUAUUUAUCUACAUGACUGGUCAUGGUGGUGAUGGUUUCCUUAAAUUUCAAGAUAAUGAAGAAAUUUCGGCUGUUGAAUUAGCUGAUGUUAUCGAACAAAUGUGGCGUAAAAAACGUUAUCAUGAAUUAUUUUUCGUUGUUGAUACAUGUCAAGCUGCGACAUUAUUUGAAAAAUUUUAUUCGCCAAAUAUUUUAGCUGUUGGAUCAUCGAAACGUGGCGAAGAUUCUCUUUCGCAUCAUGUCGAUCCGAAAAUCGGUGUUUAUGUUAUUGAUCGUUUUACAUACUAUGCACUUGAAUUUCUUGAAAAAUUAAAACAAGAUUCACAAAAAACAAUCGAUGAUUUCUUUCAUUGUUGUCCAAAACAUUUAUGUAUAUCCGAAGUAGCAUGGCGAACUGAUUUAUUUACUAAACGAGAUUAUCGCAAAACACUUCUGACUGAUUUUAUUGGUAACGUUCGACGAACGGAAGUUGUUUUGUUAGAUAGACAAACAUUAGAAAAUAUUUCGUUAAAUUCAACAAUUGAGAAACCGUUAGACGAAUCAAAUGUACCAAAACAACAAUAUGCUUAUAUUUCACAAAUGCCAAUUUGGAACUAA